AUGCAUCUCCAGUCGCUCACUCUCGCCUUCCUGGCAUCCGCCACAUCCGUUGUCGCCAACGAUGUAGUGUCGAUCUUUCUCCCGGAGGCUGACCCCCAGCCCAUCGUCGGCAAGGUCAUCGGCGUUGAUGGCCCUGUCACCUCUUACGUUCUCUACUGUGCCCCUGGCACUGAUGAUUAUGACUGCGGACUUCCCCCGGACGGCUACACUGUCGCCCAAGGUGCCUCCACCCACCGUAUGAUCUACAGCUACGAGGACUACGUCCAAAGCCGAGGCUGCCAGAUCGGCAACAAAUCAGUCAUCACCUGUGAUAUCAAGAUGCACGACGCGACCACCACCACAGCAACCUCCGAGACCCUGACCACCACCAGCGUGCCUUACCUCCCCGUCACCAUCACCGCCACCGAGACCGGCGCCACAAACAAGGCCACUGCGACCGCUAGCUCCGCCUCCGCGACCGCCACGGCUAAGUCCACCCUGUCGACCACCGCGUCCGGCAGCGCCUCAGCCAGCGCUACCGGCACCGGUGCCGAUGCCUCCGCAACGGAUAGCAGCAACGCUGCCCUGGCCCAGGCUACCGGUCACGCGGGCUUGAUUGCCGGCGGUGCUGCGAUGGCGUUGGCGUUGGCUAUGGCGUAG